CCCAACAUGGCGGCGCCCAGCUCUUUAAGUCAGCACCUGCUUUUGCCCAGCUUGUGAUUUUUAACCUUGGCGGCGUUGGGAGACCAUGGACGCGCCGGGCUUCACGGCCUCGCUGGUGGCUGGAGGGGUAGCAGGCGUCUCUGUGGACUUGAUAUUAUUUCCUCUGGACACCAUUAAGACAAGGCUGCAGAGUCCCCAGGGAUUUAACAAGGCUGGCGGAUUUCGUGGGAUAUAUGCUGGGGUCCCUUCUGCAGCUGUUGGAUCCUUUCCUAAUGCUGCUGCAUUUUUUCUCACCUAUGAAUAUGUGAAAUCUUUGCUGCACACGGACUCUACUUCACACUUCAAACCCGUGAAGCACAUGCUGGCUGCCUCUACAGGAGAAGUGGUGGCCUGCUUGAUUCGAGUUCCUUCUGAAGUGGUUAAACAGAGGGCACAGGUGUCUGCUUCUUCAAAGACCUUGCAGAUUUUUUUGACUAUCUUAAGUGAAGAGGGCAUUCAAGGACUGUACCGAGGCUAUAAAAGCACAGUUUUAAGAGAGAUUCCUUUCUCCUUGGUCCAGUUUCCCUUGUGGGAAUCCUUGAAAAUGGUCAGGUGCUCUUUUACUGAGGCCCUCUGGGCGUGGCGGCGGGGUCAUGUGGUGGAUUCUUGGCAGUCAGCAGUCUGCGGAGCUUUUGCAGGUGGCUUUGCAGCUGCAGUGACUACACCUCUGGACGUGGCUAAGACAAGGAUCAUGCUGGCAAAGGCGGGUUCCAGCACUGCUGGGGGGAACGUGCUCUCUGCCAUGCACGGGGUGUGGCGCUCGCAGGGACUAGCCGGGUUAUUCGCAGGUGUCCUCCCGAGGAUGGCAGCAAUCAGCAUGGGCGGCUUCAUCUUUCUGGGCGCCUAUGACCAGACGCGAAGCUUGCUGUUAGAGGUGGGCAGGAAGAGCCCAUGAAGCAGAUACUACAUGUCCUUGCAGUCGUUCCUGUGCCUGGGGCUCCAGUGUGGCUCCCUGAAGAUGGCUGCAGCGAGCAGCUUAAUGAAGGCCAAAGCACAGGCUGCCCCAGGAAACUUUUCUUGGUGAAACUUGGGCCCACCAUCUCAGUCCUCUCAAUAAAUAUUCCCGGUAAGGCCAAGGCCAGGCCCUUCAGAAUGGUUUUCAUUAGCA